GAUUGUAAGUGUGCAAGUACACUUCUGAGUUAGUUUCAUUCCAAACGAGCGACCUAUACAAACAGGUCCCUGCCAAAACACGGUUGAAUUAUACUUCUCUAUUGCAUUUAUCGUUGAACAUAUAUCAGGAAUAAGACGAAUUGUUCUAGGCAUCAAUGGAAAUUUUCCACAACACUACUGGAAGUUCCAACGAAACUUUAGAAGACGGUGUCAUACUGGAACGUAUCCACAGAGACUUGGUCGCCGAUUUCAUCCCUUUAAUGGUAUGGCUGGGAGUCGCAAGCGUAAUCGGCAUUGUGGGAAACAUAGUGACAAUCAUCUUCCACGGGUGGAAAUCGCGGCCCUCUUCCACCAUGGUGUUCAUUACCUGGCUGGCGGCUGCGGACCUACUUGUUUGUUUACUUAUGAUAGAACAAAUACUUGAUUUACAUUUAAACGUUUACUUUACUAGCCCCGUGCACUGCAAGGCAAAAUAUUUCUUCAUUUAUGUUGGUGUUUAUUGGUCCUGCAUGUCGCUAACGCUUAUAUCAGUUGAUCGCUUUAAGAAGGUUUGUAGGCCGAUAAGCAAACAGUUUUCCGAGAAGUCAUCAAGAUAUGCAUCCAUGAUAGUUGUUUUAAUCUCUAUCAUUGUAAGUCUGCGCAUAGUAUUUGCUCUUGACAUUUCGGAGGUCGAAGUUAUUACCACAGAUGGAUCUGGGCAAACUGCAGUUGGCCACGAUUGUUACUUUACAAAUGACAUCGACCUUAAAACGUUUGUGUCGGUUUGCCACGCAAUAGACUUUUUGUUUCUCCUUUUCUGUCUGACAACGAUGCUAAUCUGUUACGGACGCUUGUUCGUUCACAUAAAAAAGCACACUGAACAAAUGGCUGACUGGAACGGUGGAGCUGCCAUUGUUUCAUCAACAUCUCACAAAGCAGAUUCGGCGCUUGAAAAUGCAGACCGGAGAAUAACAAUUAUGAUGGCAUUAAUAACCGUGUGGUUUAUUAUAUGCUAUAUUCCAUACGUCGCAAUUAACCUGUACUUCAAGUUUAACAGCAGUUCAAUCCAUAGAGACGUGCUCAAUAUGGGCAUACAGUUCGCAUUGCGACUGCCAUAUUUAAACAGUGUGAUUAACCCUAUCGUGUUUAUUUGUCUGAAUCCGAAAUACCGUUAUUUUGUUAAACACCAACUCUGUAAAUGCAAAGAAAUGUCAACGUCCAAUAAUGAACAAAAUGAAAUGUCUGGCAAUACAUUACUGAGUCUGUCAAACCAAACAACAUUUAAUUUGAGAUAAUGUAUUUUAUCUUAUCGCCUAUAUAUGUGUCUUGUUCUGAGAAAACUGGU